AUGGCGCCAGGAGAUGGUUCAGCCUCAAUGGAAAUUCCUAUCGUUGACUUCUCGUCCUGGAAGAAUACCCAGGACCAAGCCUCGCGGUUAAGAACGGCACAAGAACUCGUCAAAGCAUGCCAAACCGUUGGCUUUGUCUACAUCAUCAACCACUCGCUGUCCGAGUCCGUCCUGAAUGAAGCAUUUGAUUGGAUGAAACGUCUUUUCAAUCUUCCCGAAGAGGAGAAGAUGAAGCGCCUCAUCCUGAGGGUUGGGCAGUGCAUCGGGGGUAUUCAUGGCCUGGAUUGGAGAAAGUCUCCCAGACGAUGCCCACCGGAAAUGAUGAAGAAGCAAAAAGAAAGUUGCGAGAGAUCCCAGAUGUCAAAGUAUGUUAUGGCUUACCUCGAAGUAUACGAUAUCGGGAGUGAUCAAAACGCUGACCAACCUAAUCAAUGGAUCCCCGACGAAGCCCUCGUUGGCUUCAGGGCUUUUAUGAUCAAGUUCUAUUGGGAGUGCUGGACAGUCGGCGAGGAGCUUUUACGUGCUCUAGCCAUCGGAUUGAAUCUAGAGGACGAUUCUUAUUUAGUCGACAAACAUUCCGGCCACGGUAAUCAACUACGACUACUACAUUACUUGCCCGUACCAGCCGAGGAUCUUGAGAAAGAGCGGACAGCCCGUUGUCCAGCGCAUACGGACUGGAGUUCCUUAACUAUGCUGUUCCAAGAUGAUUGUGGAGGUCUGGAGGUUGAAGAUAUUUCUCGGCCAGGUACAUUCGUUUCUGCACCUCCUUUGGAGAAUGCCAUUGUUGUAAAUGUUGGUGAUCUUCUGCAAAUGUGGAGUAAUGACCGACUCAAAUCUACAAACCACAGGGUCAGAAUGCCACCGCUUGCCGAUCGCUACGAGGGUCCAAAUCGGAUGACCCGUGAGCGGUUCUCGAUUCCCUACUUUAUGUCUCCAGACCCAUCAUCUGUGAUUGAAUGUAUUCCAUCGUGUAUGAGCGAGAACCAGCCCGCCAAGUACAAGCCAAUCACACAGGCAGAGUAUAACAAGAUGCGAGCCUCUAUGAUGUACUGA